AUGAUUCUGAUCCUUAUGGAUUUUGUCAAGAAAGACAUCCCACUCGCAGUUUUAUGCCGGGCAUUUCCAUAUUGCAGCAAAUGUGCCCUUUAUAUAUGUCAAAAUGACAUUAUAUGUUAUAUCUGCGAAUGCAAGGCCGGUUAUCAAGCCCAACCCUGUGCGAACGAAAUAACUUUUUACUCGUCGACUUAUGGAUCAACAAGAGCUAUUACGUCUCCGACCAUCUCAUUGUCAACCACUGAAGCAGAACCAUCAACACAGUCCGAAGAAUCAACUUUGAGUCCAUUAUUGGAUGUACCUAAAAAGUCAGCCCAAGUGUCUGUCGUAGCCGGUUCUAUUGGCGGAAUUGUCCUUAUAGUCUUGCUAACAAUUGGACUGGUAAUAUUGUUUAGGAAAAGAACACGGCGUCAUGUAAGUGAUGAUACGGAAACCACCUACACCAAAUAUAACAAUGAUAUCGAUUCUAACCCAGCUUAUGACACACUUGGUUCACCUUCUGCAGAAAACGUGCCGACUUCCUCCAAAGACAGUGGAUUUGGUAAACCUGAUGAGUCUAUGAAAGCCGAUAUGAUGGAUGGCGAAUACAACACAUUGCGGCUACACUUUCCUGUUACCAACGAAAGGCAAGAUAACACGUACAACCACAUUGACUGAUCUCUAACUGCUGAUUCGACGAACUCACAUAUUCCUAAUGCUAAAGAUACCUUGUUUGACAAUACUUACUCGCACAUGCCCAAUAUCACAAACGGUAAGUCAUUUGAACCUGAAGACAAAGAUGCAACCACUAACAACUUGGGUGACUCUUGUUCUAACAAACAUAAAGGCAAAACAGAAGAAAGUCGCGACGAGACAUUCAACCAUGCGCAAAUGAAUCAUGUUCGUCCAACGGCAGACCAAGAAGAUCAAAACGAUAAUUAUUCGCAAAUUAACCUUUCUUGAUUGAUAGCUCAAAUUCCAAAAGCUGACGAACAUAGGGAUGCGCAAGAACAAACAUAUACAAAUACCGAAUAUGCUAAGGCGAAAAAUGUAACAUAAAUCGUUAACAAAAGGAAAAAACACCCUGGUGACGCUGGAAUCAAUUCAUUAAUAAAUGCAGAGGGUGUGAACAUCUAUGAGGUUUACACUUAUUUAGUUCUGGAGUCCAACAUUCUUAUUAUGCUCCAUACGACUAUGCAGUAGUGAUGAUGCGAGAAAAAGACAAUAGCGAGAUCACGGUUGAGAAAACAGAAACACAGCACGAAUAUUUUGUCCUUGAGUCUACAACUGAGCUAUAGUAGAAUGUAACACAGAGACAGUGCAAUGAAAUUAAGGUUUGCGCAGUGGCGGCUCGUUACGCAAGACAAAGCGUUAUCACUAAACAAAGGUAAUUAUCGUCUCAAUAAAUAAAAUAUUUCAAAUAUGCAACAGGACUGUUAUGCAUUAGGAGUUAAUGUAUAUUAAAUAUUGUACAAUUGGUAAAUUUUAUUUCUUAAGUGUUUUCUUGUCAUAAAACAAAGAUUAUUAGACAUGUAUUACCAACAUUGGUACUCAGAUAUCAACAAUUCUCGAAAAUUAAGGUCUAUUUAUAUUAAAACCAUACUUUGAUAACAUUAAUAUUUUGAAAUAUAGAAUCGCCUUAACGAAAUUUAUCAAAUUUGUCUGCUCAUAAUUUAGCCAUUGAAACAGGGGGAUACAAUAAUACCCCUGAAGAACAAAGAGUGUGUGUGUAUUGUAAUAUGCAAGUUAUAGAAUCAGAGUAUCAUUUUUUAUAAGUAUGUCCAGCAUAUAGAGAUUUAUGUUUGAAAUAUUUUAAGUCUUAUUAUUGUAGAUUGCCUUCUUUACACAAAUUUGAAAAA